AUGGGCAAGGCGAAGCCCUCUACGUUGAACCGCUAUCUGUUGCGCAAGCAAGAGCGUCAGGAGUGUCGAGAUUGCCUCUUGAUGUUUGACGCCCUGCUCUUGGUUGUUACGAUUGCCAGCCUUAUGACCACUCUUGCACGAGAUUUGGCGGUUGGGAGUCUCGCCACCCUUGCCCGCCCCGAGAGCCCGACCUGGCGGGCGCUGGACCAGGUGGUGGCUGAGAGGCUGCCCCGGCUGGACCAAGACCUGGGGCCGCUGCUCACGGCCCUGGCAGCAGCGCGAAGUGGCACCGACCUACAGGCCUUCCGGGCCGCCGAGGAGCCAGAGGUGGUUGCCUCGAUGUCGGAUAGGACCUUGGCCGGCGUGCUGUCAGCCAUGGCCGCUGCCCGGCAUUCACCUGCCCAGAGCGCGCUGCUCGAGGCGGUGGCGGCCCGCACCCCGGGGUUCGACGAGGCGGCGCUGCGCCAGGUGUCCGCUGCCCUGGCCAACCUGGGUCCGGUUGGCACUCCGGCGGUAGCCCGCCUCAUGGAGGACCUGGAGCUGCGAAAACCGCAGACCUUUGGCACCUCCACGCAGAUUGCCCUUCUCUGGGCCUGUGCCCGUGCGCCUGCGCUAGACGAGCUGGGUUCGGAGAGGCUGUGCUGCAUGGCGGUCGAGGUUGGCCCCAGGCUCUCGCAGGCCACGGAGGCAGAGCUCUGCAGGUUGGCUUGGGUCCUGGUGCAAGGCAGGCGCCACUUCGGUGCCGUUGGAGUUUCGCUCUUGGAGGCAGCCAUCAGCGAGGCACGUGGGCGGCUCGGGCAGUUCAGCAGCUCGCAGCUUUCCACCAUGCUCUGGGCGGCCGCAGAGGUCGCUGUGCAGGCGGAGGCCGUCCUCCCGGCUGCCGCGCGGCUCGGGGCCCUGGGCCUCUCUGAGCUCCCCGAGGCAUCGCUGGCGUCUUUGGUGGUUUCGGUGCAGAAGUUGGGCUUGGCGACUCACGAGGGCGCAGUCCUGUUGGCACUGGCUGCAGAGGAGGUGGGGAUUCGAUGUGAGCCGGGCGACAGGCCUUCAAGAAGCCUGCUCUCUCCGGCCACGCUGUCCGCCGUGCUCUCGGGCCUGGCAGAGAUGCUGCCCGCAGAGGGGGAGCGGCUACUGUCCGCCUUGGAGCCCACGAUUGUUGCGCAGCUGACGUAUGGUCACUUCGGGCCGAAGCAUCUCGCCCGCAUGGCCCACGCAGCUGCGUGCCUGCCUGGAGCUUCCGCCGCGCUGCGGGAGGCCUUGGCGCGGGCCGCGCGUGUGGCCCCUGCUGCCUUCGAACCUGGGGACCUGGCCAGUCUCUCGCGGUCCUUUGUUCGGCUGCAACUUCCAGACGACUACUGCCGGGACUUGGCUGAAGCAAGCCAGAUCACGGCCGAGGGGAAAAGAAGCACCGGAGGAGAGUAUGAUACCAACGUUCACCAAGCCUAUCGCAACAAAUUGACACGUAGAGUUGAGGGGGCGGAGGAUGCUGUUCGCGAUCGCCAUGCUGUGGUCUCGACAACCUGCCAGGCACCAACUGUAGCCGCUUCGAUGGCGGAGAUGCAGGUCUCCGUCCACGUCUACGACCUGGGAGCGUCCGAGCGUAUCUCCCUGUUGAACUCGGUCCUCAGGCCUUUCGGCACAGGAGCUUUCCACUGCGGCGUGGAGAUCUACGGCUUGGAGUGGAGCUUCUCCGACAUCAUGAACUGCACUGCAGAGGAGCGGGCGCGCACCGGCGUCUUCAGUGCCUGGCCGAAGCAGAGUCCCGGACACCGUUACGUCGAAUCUGUGUCCAUGGGCUUCACGUCCAAGACCGAGGUGCAAGUGCUCAACCUCGUCGCAGACAUGGAGGCAGCGUGGCCAGUGGCCGCCUACAACGUCCUCAGGUGUGGGUGGCAUCCCUCCACGGCUGAUGAGCCUAGCGAGUGCUGGUCGAGCAAGAAGUCUCAUUGGCCUUUUCACCCCGCCGUGGCAGCAGUGCCACAGCAUGAGAUGGGUGCCCUCAUUGAGGAGAUCGUGAAGUUGUGUCAGCAGGAGGCUGUCGAGAUGCAGGAGAAGGCCAUGGCGUACCUGUUCUUCGAGGAGGACGGCCAAGAAAUCUUCAGGAUCGGUGACGCCGGACAAGGCGACAUGUUCUUCAAGGUGGGAGUGCAGAAAGUGGCCGUCCUGCGCAGGGAUGGCAACACCAAGAACUUGGUCCAAACAUCCCCUCCCCGUACGGUGGGGUGCAUUCUUCCGGGCCUCAUGCUGUUUGGUUACCAGCGUGGCAUCUUCAUGAAAGGCGCCUUUGCCAUCGACUACACCUCCAAGGACGGGCAGAGCAAAAGACUCUACUGUUCCGCGGCGGGGUCGCCCAACCCUCAGCAAGACUUCGAGAUCAUGCGCAACGCGCUGAGGAAGGCCGAGCCUAAGCUGCAGCACAUCCCGAUGGCGGACUGGGAGGAGGGAACGCUGUGGAAGGCUUCCCCCUAG